AUGCUUGUCUUGGCCGGCAAGAUCACCCCGAUCCACUGGAGGGGAUGUUCGCCGUCGGUUGAUUUCAUGCCUUCCUCCCCCAGACAGCGUGUUCUGCGGUCACUCAUGGUCCUAUGGCAUCCCCCUGAUGCCCCUUGGGUGAAGCUAAACAUUGACGGUGCCUUCUCUACAUCGACAAUGGAGGUGGGGGAGGGAGGAUUGGUUCGAGGCUCUGAUGGAGGACUUCUGCGUGCCUUCUGUGCUCCGAUAGCCGCAUCAUCGAGCUUUGAGGCGGAGCUGUUGGCUCUGAUUCGGGGGUUCGAGAUGACUAUGGAGCUUUCGACACACAUCUGGAUUGAGCUUGACUCAUCGGCUCUGGUUACCUUAUUGUCAUCUGGACAGCUUGGCGCUGCGGAGUUCAGACAUCACAUGGCUUUGAUCAGGAGUAUGACUUCUCAGCGGCAUGUUCGGUUCUCACACAUCUACAGAGAAGGGAACUGA